CAACAUCUGCGGGCGGGCGUAUUUGAAAGAAACGGCCUUGCCGCCUCAAUCUUUGAAAUUUGUAACGGCACAAGCAAAACGACCGCGGCCACCGAAACAACAUUAAUAUUGUGGCGCCUCUCUUGUGGCAUGCGUUCUGAGAAAGUUCCGUUUGCGUUACGAUUUGGAAAUAAUAUAUCCAGCUCAUAAAAAUAUCAACGAUAUUAAUAUAAACAAUUUCCGGAAUUUUACCUCUCCCUCUCUCCACCGGUCCCGCGUUCGCGCCUCUGCCGUCGCGUUCGUGUGUGUGCGAGUGAGUGUCGCGUACCGCACACAGUGUGUGCAUGUGUGAAACAGUUAAAACAAUUACAACAAAAUUGAUCCACACGCAACAACAAAAUCCACAUUAACAGAAAAAACUGUAAUUUUUUCAACAUUUUUUUUCCUGUGGAGCCAAAAAUUUGACUAAACGUUGUGCUAGCGAACAAAAAAACAAGGAAAACAAGUGGAAGGGACACCGAAGAAGAACAAGAAGGAAGAAAGAACAACAAAAUGGGAGAACCUCUGCGGACGCCGUCUCUGCCCCUUGUCUGGGCAACGCUGCUGCUGUGCAGCUGCUCGCUAAUAGAGCUGAGCCACGCGGAUCUGGUGCCCAGUCUAGAGAUCCUUCCGAUGCAGGAGGUCCAGCGCAAGCCGGUGGGCAAGUCCCUGAUCCUCACCUGCCGACCGACAGUGCCGGAGCCAGCCCUGGUGGCCGAUCUGCAGUGGAAGGACAACAUGAACAACACCAUUCUGCCCAAGCCGCCCAAUUAUGAUCCACUGUACGAUUCCAAGGGGAAUAGAAGGAAAGCAACGGGACGGAACCAGCCACCGAUGUACACGGAGACGCUGCCCGGCGAGAGCCUCGCUUUGAUGAUUUCCUCGCUGACGGUGGAGAUGGGCGGCAAGUACUACUGCACUGCGUCCUAUGCAAAUACAGAAAUUCUCGAGACGAGCGUCACAAUUACAACUUAUGUUGCCAUUACAUGGACAAAUGCCCCAGAAAAUCAGUAUCCGACAUUGGGCCAAGAUUACGUGGUCAUGUGCGAGGUGAAGGCUGAUCCCAAUCCGACUAUUGACUGGCUACGCAACGGAGAUCCGAUCCGCACUGGCGACAAAUAUGUGGUGCAGACCCAUGGCCUGCUCAUCCAUGAUGUUCAGGAGACGGACGAGGGUAUCUACACGUGCCGGGCGGCUGUCAUCGAUACGGGAGAGCUGUUGGAGCGUACCAUUCGCGUGGAGGUCUUCAUCCAGCCGGUAAUUGUCCACCUGCCGCCAACCCUGGAGGCCAUCGAGGGAAAACCCUUUGCUGCCAAUUGCACAGCGACCGGGAAGCCAGUGCCCGAGAUCAGCUGGAUCCGGGAUGCCACACAGCUAAAUGUUGCCACCGCCGAUCGCUUCCAAGUCAACCCACAGACGGGCCUGGUCACAAUCAAUUCGGUGCGGGAGGACGACUACGGAACCUACACCUGUCUGGCCAAGAACAAGGCUGGAGUUGUGGAUCAGAAGACCAAGCUGAAUGUGCUGGUGCGCCCUGCCAUCUACGAGCUGUACAACGUGACUGGCGGCAGGACCAAGGAGAUUGCCAUUACCUGUCGGGCCAAGGGACGUCCCGCACCGGCCAUUACCUUCCGCCGUUGGGGCACCCAGGAGGAAUACUCGCCCGGCGUUCAGGUCGACGAUGAGCGGAUUGUUUUGGAGCGAUACUUUGACGAGGAUCGCGGCGAGAGCUCUGGCACCUUGCGCAUCGCCAACGCGGAGAGGACGGACGACGGCCUGUAUCAGUGCAUUGCAAGGAACAAGGGCGCCGAUGCCUAUAAGACGGGACACAUCACGGUAGAGUUUGGGCCGGACUUUAGCCAGAUGAAGGACCUGCCGCCGGUGUUCACGUGGGACCAGCGCAAGGCAAACCUCAGCUGCCUGGCCAUGGGCAUCCCGAACGCCACCAUCGAAUGGCACUGGAAUGGCCGCAAGAUCAAGGAGCUGUACGACACGAACCUCAAGAUCGUAGGCACCGGACCCCGCAGCGACCUUAUCGUCCAUCCCGUGACCCGACAGUACUACUCCGCCUACAAGUGCAUUGCGACCAAUAUUCACGGCACCGCCGAGCACGACAUGCAGCUGAAGGAGGCCCGCGUGCCGGAGUUCGUAUCGGCGGCAGUGCCGCGCCAGUUGACGGCCACCACCAUAACCUUUGACAUCCGUGGCCCCCCCACCGAACUGGGUCUGCCCAUCCUGGCCUUCAGCGUGCAGUACAAGGAGGCCCUCAAUCCCGACUGGUCCACGGCAUACAACCGCAGCUGGUCCCCCGAUUCCCCGUACAUUGUCGAGGGUCUGCGUCCCCAGACCGAGUACAGCUUCCGUUUCGCGGCCAGGAACCAGGUGGGUCUCGGCAACUGGGGCGUCAACCAGAAGCAGUCCACGCCCCGUCGCUCAGCACCUGAGGAACCCAAGCCCCUGCACAAUCCCGUCCAGCACGACAAGGAGGAGCCCGUCGUCGUCUCGCCCUACUCGGAUCACUUUGAGCUGCGCUGGGGAGUGCCCGCCGACAAUGGGGAGCCGAUCGAUCGCUACCAGAUCAAGUACUGUCCGGGCAUGAAGAUCAGUGGAGCUUGGACCGAGCUGGAGAACAGCUGCAAUACGGUGAACGUUGUCGAGACCACAUCGUAUGAGAUGACCGACCUCAAUGGCAACACGUACUACCGCAUCGAGCUGAAGGCGCACAAUGCCAUCGGCUACUCGUCGCCGGCAUCGAUCAUCAUGAAGACGACACGAGGUAUCGAUGUGAUCCAAGUGGCCGAACGCCAGGUGCUCUCCUCAGCGGCCAUUGUGGGCAUUGCCGUGGGCGGUGUCUUGCUGCUGCUCUUAAUUGUGGACCUACUCUGCUGCAUAACCGUGCACAUGGGGGUGAUGGCGGCCAUGUGCCGCAAGGCGAAGCGGUCGCCCUCGGAGAUCGAUGACGAGGCCAAGCUGGGAAGUCUUUACGGUUGGCGUUUUCCGCUACCUUAUUGCAGUGGACAGCUUGUUAAGGAGCCGCCACCGUCACCGUUGCCACUGCCGCCGCCAGUAAAGCUGGGCGGCUCGCCCAUGACAUCGCCAUUAGAUGAAAAGGAACCGCUGCGCACACCCACAGGCAGCAUCAAACAGAACUCCACCAUCGAGUUCGAUGGCCGUUUCGUGCACUCGCGAAGCGGGGAGAUCAUUGGCAAAAACUCGGCGGUGUAAGUGGGCCGAAGAGGAGAGCCCUCAAACACCACGCAGCGUGCACAAACGAUAGUGGAGUAUAAAUGAAUGUCGUCUAAAACGAGAACAAGCCAAAGCCACAGCUGGGGGACAACAAACGGGAAUAUCGAUACAACAUCGAUGAUGAUGAUUGAUUGAUUGAUUGAUUGGAAAACUGAGUUGGUUUUACUUUACUUUCGUACACAGCGUAACUCUUACUAAAUGUCUUACUAAAAUACAAUACGAUAUCCAAUGCUACACAUCUACAUCUACACAUACACAUACACACAUAGCACUCUAAGCUCGACAAAAAACAAUGGGAUUACAGGGAUAUCCCAAUACCCCCAUUCACGUGUCCCCGUGUUGCUUCAUUUUCUAGUUCGUAUUUAUUUGUAUUCGCUGCAUUUUGUAUUGCUUUGUUUCUCCCCAGCCCCUGGCCCAUCCCCAGCCACACAGUAGAAAAAGUAAGAAAGAAAACCCAAAAUUAAACAAAACAAAAAGAUAAUGAAAACCUAGCCUAAGAUAUAUAUAUGUGUAUGCAAAGAGAGAAAUCUUAAAUUAAUGCCUUACAAACAAAGAAAAAUUACAUUUAUUUAGCAGGUAAAGCGAGAAGGGACGAUCUAUGUAUGAAAGUAAGCCGGAAGCAUGGGAUAAGAACAAUUUCUUUAGUAUAACUAACUUAAACAUGCCAUAAAUAAGUUGUAACAUUAAGUUUGCAUUUCCCCACUACCACUACCACUCCCCGCACCCAAAACCCUAUCCCACAUAUCCUACCUAGCCACCAUUUCAUAGUACUUAAAACGCUGAACAAAAGACUUGCGAGCAUUUCUUUCUAGAACAUGACAUUAGAAGAAACAAAAACAAAACAAAAAGAAUAAGGACUUGAAUAUUUGGUUAAUAUGUGGACUCCUUGGUUUCCUAUUGGUAAUUCAUAUACUAUACUUAAUCCACAGUCACAAGUAUAAUCUAUGCGUAAGGAUGAACAAAAUGCUCAAUAUACAUUGAUGUUAAACGAAAUUUGAAUGUUUGAAAAGGACGGCCCGCAACUGUUUGGCACUGCUUGACGAAACAGUGUUACGGAGUACAGCGCACUGGAAAGCGCAUUCCAAGUUGCACAUGCAUCCCACAAAAACACACACAAAUAUGAGAAAUGACAGUUCAAAGAAAAUGCUAAGAAAAACCUAAAUAAAACUAAACUAAAUUAAUGCUAAGUUGUAGAGAAACGACGAGAACUAUGA